CCCGGGCGGCGCGUUCUGUGAGGCGCGGGCGCGCGAGGGGGACUGCGGCGCUGGCGGUGCGGGUCGAGUUGGGAAGCCGGUCACGCGGCUGUCCUUUCCCUUGCUGCCGUCUCGGGGCGCGGCGUCCCGAAGUGGGGUUCGCCCCCGGCGCGCGGGGACGCCCGGGUCCGCGGGGGCAGGCCACGAGGGGUGUGGCCGGCGGGGCCGGUGUGCGGCAGGGACCGCCGCGGUCGAGCGCACGGAGGCGGCUCCGCCAGAACGGCGGACAACCGGCGGGUGCUCCCCGCGGGCCGAGCAGGGCCGGGCCGGGAGCCGAGGAGCGCGCGCAGAUAAAAGAAUGGCAAACUCCUUUGCAUCAAAGACCUUCACCACACUUUCAGAUCUGCAUCCAAAUAUGGCUAAUCUGAAAAUAAUUGGUAUAGUUAUUGGGAAAACAGAUGUCAAAGGCUUUCCAGACAGAAAAAAUAUCGGAUCAGAGAGAUACACUUUCAGUUUCACCAUUCGGGACUCACCAACGCAUUUUGUCAAUGUGACAUCCUGGGGCAGCGAAGGUUACAUCAGGUCACUUUCUGACAGCUUUAGGGUUGGAGAGUGCGUGAUCAUCGAAAAUCCCCUGAUUCAAAGAAAGGAAUUAGAAAGAGAAGAAAAAUUCAGCCCUGCAACUCCCAGCAGCUGUAAGCUAUUGCUCAGUGAGAAUCACUCUACAGUAAAAGUUUGUUCCAGUUAUCAAGUGGACACCAAGCUCCUUGCUUUGAUAUACUUACCUGUCAAAGAGUCUCAUGAUUUUUAUUCAUUGGGUGACAUUGUUGCAAAUGGAUGCAGUCUGGAUGGGAGGAUUAUUAACGUGCUUGCAGCAGUGCGGUCGGUUGGAGAGCCAAAACACUUUACAACUUCAGACCGGAGGAAAGGCCAGAGGUGUGAGGUGAAGCUCUAUGAUGAGACAGAGUCUUCUUUUGCAAUGAUAUGUUGGGAUAAUGAAUCUAUCCUGGUUGCACAGAGCUGGGUGCCGCGAGACACAGUGAUAUUUGCCUCAGAUGUAAGAAUAAGUUUUGACAAAUUUCGGAACUGCAUGACGGCAACUGUAAUCUCAAAAACCAUUAUUACGACUAAUCCAGAUACCCCAGAAGCUAACAUCCUGUUGAAUUUUAUAAGAGAAAAUAAAGAAACAAAUCCUCUGGAUGCUGAGAUGGACAGUUACUUGAGAGAAUCCGUAGAUUUAAAUACAAUAGUUGAUGUCUACACAGUUGAGCAAUUAAAAGUAAAAGCUUCGAAGAAUGAAGGGAAGGCUGACCCUUUCUAUGGAAUUCUUUAUGCUUACAUUUCUACGCUGAAUAUUGAUGAUGACGCCACGACAGUAGUUCGACACCAAUGCUCAGGCUGUGGUUAUGUUGUAAAUGAAGCAUCCAGCACUUGUACUGCUUGCAACAAAAAUUCUUUGGAAUUUCGGUCUGUUUUUCUCAGCUUCCACUUGCUGAUUGACCUCACGGACCACACAGGUACCCUCCAGGCCUGCAGUCUCACGGGACGGGUUGCUGAGGAGACGUUAGGCUGCACCGUAAAUGAGUUUCUUGCAAUGACGGAUGAACAGAAAACAGCACUGAAGUGGCAAUUUCUUCUGGAAAGAAGCAAAAUUUAUUUAAAAUUUUUUUUAUCACACAGAGCAAGGGGCGGAUUGAGAAUUAGUGUGCUCUCAUGUAAGCUGGCAGACCCUGUUGAGGCAAGUAGGAGCUUGUCUGGGCAAGGAAAAAUUUAAAACAAGAUACUUCAAACUCUGGACAAGAAUAUGAGUUUCCAUUUUCUUGAGAGUGGAAAAUGAGUUUGAAAACUAUGGAUAAAAUUGUAUUUUGUUCAAAGGUGGUAAAAAUGUUUCUAUAAAUUGUUAUUAUGUAUCCUUCCGGAGCUGGUUAGGGGUAAGUCUUAAAAUCUCUCAUCCACCCCAGCUCCUUUCUUAGAAGGCCUUUUGGCUGAUUUUGCCCUCUCUUCCCAAGUUGGAAAAUGUGUGUGGGAAUUAAUAAACACGUUAACCCCACAGAUAUCAGUGAUUUCUUAAGCCCAUUUACUCUUUGUCUUUAUUUUCCUGGGGAAAGAUCAGAACCUCCUAAAAUGACCUUUCUGGAGCUUGGUGGUGGCUGAGACUGCCUUCCAGGAACUGCUGGGACACAGGCAAGGGCUUCUUGGUGGCUCAGGGUGGGAACAGCGGAAGCCCAAGGCUGCAGGCAGUGCUGGGCAGCAGCUUUGAACCCUGAACAGCUUCUCUGAGCCUUGCCUUCUCUGAUGACACAUGCGGCCGCCCAGCGCUUGUGAAGACUGGCUGCCAUAGGGGUGACAGGGGUGAGAUGUGUGAGUCUGAAUCACCUGGGAGGAGACCAGCCUCAAAAGAUCUCGGAGUGGCGCCAGUCUGGGACCUGGAAGGGCAGGGCUGCUCCGACAGGACGCCGGCCCCAGCCUCCCCGCGCUGCACUGGUCCUGGCUGUAUGCCGGAGCACCGUGCUCAGCCCCACACUGUUCCGAGUCACUGGCUGCAGGACACGGGUUUACCAGCAGUCACUGCUGGCCCACAGUCUGGCAGGUUUGGCGUUUCCAGCACCCACCAAAGGAGAAAAGAACAAAAAGUAAGUAUCUGAAACUCUUUCUCACAAAGCUGGUGCUGGGAGAUAAACGUGUCAGCAGUGUUGUCUCUGGCUUUUACCAUCGGCAGCCGUGUCAGAGGGCAUGAGUGGACCCUAGUGUGUCUGGACUGUGGUAAUGAGUGAGGCAAGGCAGGACUUGACCUACGUGUGCAGAUGGGGGUGCGCCCCAUGAAGAGCUUCCUUUCCCCUUCCCCUGGGGCAGGGUAUGCGUGUGCUAAGCAAGGUGACUCCAGAAGAGAAGGAAGGUGGCAGAGUGGUGGAGCGGGAGGGUUCGGGCUGCAGAGGAGAGAGAAGUGGGGGCCUGCCGGGUCGUCACAUUCACACUCUCUGCUGAUUAAGCAAGAGCGGGUGUCCAAGAGCAGAGGAGACCAGGGAGGACACCUGGCCCGGGCGGUGUGUGUCAGGAAUGGCUCUGCCAGACCUCCUGGUGCCCUGACCUCUGCCAGCGGGUCCCAAAGCACCAAUGCCUGGACCACAGGUGUUGGUACCAGCUGUGUGGGCUCCUGCCAUCUCGGGGCCUCUGUUGCCCGAUGGCCUCAGCAGCAUAAUACAGAUGCCUAAUAUAGGCAUUCUCAAAUUAGGCUUUUAUGUCAUACCCAGUGUUCCCCAGCCACAGCUAUGGGCUCUAGCAGUGCCGUGGAGGGCUCUGAACAGCCUCUUCACUGCUACCUUGGUGACCUCUCAGUCCACCAGCAUUUAACCAAGGAAACCCCAUGCGCGUACCUGGAGGGGCCCCCCCGAUUGCUGAUUUCAUCUGAUACCAUAGGAUUCUACAGGGCUAGGUGUCAGGCCACACUGAAUCAAAGGGGCUUCCCAAGAUUAACUCACACAUUUAUGAAAUGAAGAUGACAAAUUUUGGUUGAUUUCUAAAAUCUGGCUGUAGAUUAGCCAGAAUUCACGCACUCAGAGGCAUAAAGAAAGAAGCAUCCCACUCCAUCACUACAAACCGCGCGAGUUCCUGUCCAGCAGCUCCGCUUGCCGCUGCCCUCCAGGAGCUGCUUUUCCUGUCCUGGCGUCUUCCCGUCUGCAAGUUUGCUUUGCGCCAUGUAAAUAGUGUGCUGACUGGACGAUUCUUCCUAAUCUGCUCGUGGUUGCUUUCGGUAAGGUUCUCCUUUCCUAAUUUUGCUGUGCACGUGGCAGAAUAUGUGAUACGCUUCACAUAAAAUUGAUCAUUUUACCAUUUUUAGGUGUACAAUUGAACGGCCUUAAAUACAUUCACAGUGUUGUGCGACCAUCACCACAUCCAUCUCCAGAACUUUUUCAUCUUCCCAAACUGACACUCUGUCCCCGUUAGACAAUCGCUCUCUAUUUCCGCUUCUCCAGCCUCUGCUAACCUCUGAGCUGCUUCAUGUCCAUGAGCUUGACGACUCUGGGUACUUCAUGUGAGACAUGACCUUCUGUGGUGGCUUCUUUCUCUGGCAUGACGUGUUUGAGGUCCACCCAUGUCACAGCAGCUGUCAGUGCAUCCUUGUGGUUGAGGACUUUCCUGCCGUAUGGACAAACACUUUGUUCACCCACUCUUCUGUCUCUGGACCUCUGGGCUGUCUUCACCUUUUGGCUAUUGUGAUUGGCCAAUUACAGCUACUGUGAGCCUGUGCUUAUAAGUGCCCUCAAUUUUGUGUGUCUUUCCUGUCAUAUGUAUUCAUCUUUCUUUGUUAAAACGUACAAUUUGCAAGUGCAGGACACUCUAUAUCUGUUUACGCUUAAUACUUUGUCAUAAACCUUUUUACAUGAUUCAAUAUUUGAGCCAGCUUUAAUGGCUAUAUAUCAUUUCAUUCAUUAUAUAAAUGUAGGGUAGUGAAUGUAAUCGAUCCAAUGCUGUUAGACAUUUAAGAUGUUCCCCAUUUGUUACUAUUGGAAAUGACAGCUGUAGCUGA